AUGUGGGGCGCCGUCCCCUUGGCAUCUGCUGGGCGGCCUCGAGAGGAGGCACCUUCUGAACCCCGUGGUCGCAGUGGUGCCAGCUCCGUGGGCGUGGCUGGGACGGAGCAGCGAGGCAGCUCCGAGCGAGCCGCAGGUGCUCACCGUCACCCCCAGCGCCCGGGCCAGGUGGCAGCCACACCCCCGGUUGACCAGGCGUCGGGUGCCCACUCCUAUCAGCGAAGGGCCGCCUGGGAGGCGGGAGGGCUGAGCACCCUGCCUGAUGGGGGCAGAGCGCGGCGCAGCGGCGGCGGGGCGGCUCGGUGCCCGGCGGGCGGGCGGCCCGUCUGCGCGGCCCGGGCGGCCUGCGGUCGGGAUGAGGACGGCCCUCCGCGCCCAGAGCGCCGGGGCCGCCGCGGCCGUGCCGGGAGCUCGAUCGUGCCCGCCAGCGCGGCGAACGGAGCGGGGCCCUCGGAGCGGGAGGUGAGUGUGGCCGCGCCGCGCCUGGGUACGGCGCGGGGACCGGGGUUUGCGCGGCGGGUCACCUGGCUGCCCGCGACCCGCCACGUCCCGGGCGCCGUCGGCGGCGCGCCCCGGCAGGGCCGGACGACCCUCCCCGCGCCCCCGACCCCGCUCGCCGGCCCGGGACGCGCCGCGCCGCCAACGCCAGGGCGCGCCGGGGGCUCGGCGGGGGCCGCGGCGCUGCGAGACCGGCCUCCGCCCUGCCCUGCGCGUCUCGCUGAGCCGGGGCCAGCUCCGCGGGGCACUUUGCAAAGUGCAGCCAGAGUACCCGGGGCUGCGUGCCCGCCGGGGCCGCCGAGCGGGGCCUCCGGAAAGCCCGCGGGCCGCCUCCUCCGCGCUGCCCCCGGGCGUGCCGCCCCAGGCGCUAGCCGGGACGAGAGCUGGCAAGGCGGCAGCGGAGGCAGCGCGCAGGCCAGGACCCUGCCUCCAGAUGACUGCCAGUGCUUGCAUACCCCCGGUGAUGGGGACCUCACCCCCUAUCACACCGGCCCAUCCCAAGAUGUUCAUCGAAGCCCGCGGGCCCCGCCCCCUCGCGCUGCCCUGCGGUUUCUGGUGCUGCUUCCCAACCGCCAGAAAGACUGCUCGCAGGGCCUGCAUCCCAGCCAAACAGGCCAAACAAAAUCCACAUUCAUGAGCGGCCAUCGAGGCUUGCUGGCGGCCCGGGCACAGAUGCCGCCUGCAGAUGUGACCGUUGUCUUCCCCACAUUCCUCCGGAGCCGCCGCGCCAAGGUGGCUGUGGCUCCUGGAGCGCCGCCAGGCCCGGGCGUGGAGCGGCCUCGCGUCGGUGCCGGCGGACUCCGGGCACGCGUGGGCGGAGCGGUCUCUGCCAUCCGGGGAGAACGUCUGGCCGCAGGCCCUGGCAGGAAGCUGACCUCGAGGGUACCACUCGGCGGGCAGCCGUGCCCCGUUUAUAAAUACACGCUGCCGCCGGGCCAGCCCACGUGCACUCCUGCUCCCCGCCCUGCAGCGCCCUCCCAGCAGAAGGAGGACAGCCGGCGGCCCUCUGCGCCCGGCCCCGCGGUCACUCCCGGCGAGGACGGGAAGGUGAUGGAGCCCGUGGCAGCUGAGCUGCUGGAAGCGACGUGCCCCUGCCUUGCGUCGGAAAGCCAGAAGGCCGAGUGCGUGCCCUCCCUCAGCGCGGCCUCGGGGAGUCCCGGGGAUGCCCCUCCUGGGGAGAGCUUUGAAGCCCUACAGUCUUCCUCUGACCUAAAAACCGGUGUACACCUUUUAUCUGAGGAAGAGGACCAACACGAUCCCGACAGCGUGGAAGGGGGUGGCGUGAGCGAGCCGGCCCCUCUAGAUGCCCGGAGCCUGAGUGGCGUGGAGACCGCGGGGGCCUGGCUGGCACAGAGCUGCGUGGGCCUCCGUCCACACCAGUCCGUGCACAGCCGCACCGGGAGAGUUCAGGAUGCUUGUCCGUGCCGGGAGCGGGGUGACGCGGCCAUGCAGGACGCAUUUGCCGACUCUCCGUGGAAGAAGGGCUCUCCGGGCCGUGUGGGGCUCCCUGUGCCGGCCCCGGGGGGAGAGGGGCCCGUGAAUGCCCCCGAGUGCCUGCCGCUCACGGCACAACACGCUGACCGAGUGUCCACACUGCUGGGCCUCGGUGUCCCCUAG